GAUUCAAGAUGCCAGUGAGCACAGGUUUAAUAUUACGUUUGAGUGGGUUCACCAUGGGAGACUAUAACGAUGAUGGUGCUAAUUUUUACCUCUAUGACGAUGACGAUGGUGGUGAUGAUUCCGAUGAAUCUAAUUAUGACCUCCAAUUAUUCGAAGACACUCCCUCAGUCUCAAAUAUUGAAAAAGCUAGUUCCGUUAAGGUAAUUACAAAAGGGUCUCUCUUGGCUGCACAGAGGGAGGAUUUGGGGAAGGUGAUGGAAAUUUUAUCAUUGAAAGAGCACCAUGCACGGACCUUACUCAUUCACUGUCGUUGGGAUAUGGAAAAGUUGCUCACCAUUCUUGUGGAGAAAGGGAAGGAUGAGUUAUACAGUAAGGCUGGUGUGACCUCAUUGGAACAGGACGAUAAUUCUGCUGCUGCUGACUCAUCGAAGUUGUCAAUUUCAUCUAUGGUUUUGUGCACUAUUUGUUAUGAGGAUGUUCCUCCAUGUGAGAUCACAACCAUGGACUGUGGUCACUACUUUUGCAACUCUUGUUGGACAGAGCACUUUAUAGUAAAGAUAAGUGAAGGGCAGAGUAGGCGGAUUGGAUGUAUGGAACACAAGUGUUACUCAGUGUGUGAUGAAGAGAAAGUAAGAAAUCUAGUGAACUCAAGGGAUCCUAACCUUGCUGAGAAAUUUGAUCGUUUUCUUCUAGAAUCAUACAUUGAGGAUAAUAGUAAGGUUAAGUGGUGUCCAAGUGCUCCCCAUUGUGGAAAUGCCAUUCGUAUUGGCGAUGAUAUUGAAGAAAUACUUGAAAUUGAAUGUGCAUGUGGUCAACAAUUUUGCUUUAAUUGCCUAUCUGAAGCACACUCACCUUGUCCAUGUCCAAUCUGGGAAAUGUGGAGUAAAAAAAGUCUACUUGAUUCAGAGAAUGCUAACUGGCUUACAGUUCAUACAAAGCCCUGCCCAAACUGUCACAAACCAGUUGAAAAGAAUGGAGGUUGCAAUCAUGUAGGAUGUGUUUGUGGUAAAUCAUUUUGUUGGCAUUGUGGUGACCCAUUAAACAAGGAACACAAAUGUGGAAGAUAUGUAGAAAAAUCUGAAAAGAAAGAGGAAUUUGGUCUUAUUACACAGAAUUACCUAUUGCGUUAUACUCACUACCUUAACCGUUAUAAAGCUCAUCUAGAUUCUUUAAAGCUUGAAAGUAAGCUUAAGAAAACCGGUGAAGAAAAGAUAUUAUGUUUGAUAGAAAGUGAUGCAAUAGUAACAAAUUAUAGUUGGGUGAGCAAUGGAAUCGACAGACUCUUCAGGUCAAGGCGAAUUCUUUCCUACUCUUACGCUUUUGCAUAUUACAUGUUUGGUGAUGAACCAUUUGAAAAUUGCAUCACCAACAAGGAAGAGAGAAAAAGAAAGCAAAACUUGUUUGAGGACCAACAACAACAACUUGAGCUAAAUGUUGAGAAGCUUUCAUCGAUGAUAGAAGACCCUUUCGAAUAUUUUCCACAAGAUGAAAUCUCGCUUAGAAAAGCGCAUAUUAUCAAUCUAACCAGAGUUGUUGAUAAGUUAUGCAAAGAACUGUAUGAAUGCAUAGAAAAUGAUUUUAUGGACUCUUACGAAUGUGCAAAUUCUAAUAUUGCUCUUUACAAGUCAAAUGGGGUGGAAAAAGCUUCGAAGCUCGUUAUUCAUGAAGAUAUGCAACCCUCUCCCAGUAACGGUGAGGUGAACAAACGUCCUUGCAAAUCUUCAUCAAGCAAUGAAUCAUAUACGGCCGAAGUUAAAAUUGAAGCUGAAGAGUCUUCUUUGAAGCGUCUUAAAGUGUUUCCCGUGUAGAUUCCGCCACUUUUGGAGACACCAUCGUAUAUAUUUACAAUUUUUUUUAGGGAUAUACUUACAAUUAUUUUUUUGUUAGGCUAAUUUUAGAUAUAGUUAGCUGUUAAUUGAUAUAUAUAUUUUUUUAAUCUAAAUAGUUUCAUUUAAUUUUACCAUAGCAUUUAAUUCUAGGAAACGAAGCUUGUUCUUCGGUAUAAUGUUUUAUAAACUAUAUAUUUUGAUGAAUUUUAUAUUAAAUUAGAACAAA